UUGCUCUGGGCUUAUCAGAUAGCUUGCCUCCAGACGCUUGCUAAGCUAGUCACCCUGAUGCUAAACAUCGUAGCUGUUUGAAACGCCGCCGUUUCACGAACGGAGCCGUUAAAACCGACUUUUCUCAGAGCUCAGCGGCUGGAGCGCAGCGCGCGUCCCGCCGCACGAUGGCGGCUGAAGCGGUGGUCACCGUCCGGCUGGUGAGGUCCUUCGAGCACAGAAACUUCAAACCGGUCGUGUUUCAUGGAGUCAACUUGGACCAAACGGUGCUGGACUUCAUGCAGUUUGUCAGAGUAGAUAUUGCGACAAGACCGGGCCUCCCUCCUCCUUUCAAGAAAUACGCUUACGACACGAUGAAGAUCACCCACCAGGCACACGGAGCAAAGACUAAUGAGCUGGUGAUGAGUUUAGACGACGAUGAAAAGCUCAUUCUGCAGAACGACCAAACCCUGAGAGCUGCUGGCGUCGCAAAUGAAACAGAAGUGGCCUUCUUCAGGAAAGAGGACUACGGCCUCUAUAAAGCGAAUCCCAAAAGUGCUUGGUGACCUCAGGAUUUUAAUUAACAGCAGAGGAGGUCAAAGGUCAAGCCUGGCACAAGACGGGCGCCAUCAUGUUUACACAGUAGAGUUUUAAUUUGUGGGCUUGUUUUUAAAAGUGAAGCUUAUCCUGCACCACUCUGCCUUUUUAUUUCUACUCUUCAUUAUUUUUGCUCUGCUGUUCGUUUUCAUUCCUGUUUUAAAACAUGCUGAAUAAAGAUUUUUGAGA